UAUAGAUAGAUAUUUUUUGUUUUGUUUCUUUUUGUCUGGAGCAUGAAUAUGUUGCAGUCUCUGCGUAGUCGGAUCUCCUGCCCUCCACAGGAUCCCAAUUGCACCCGGAUUGUGGAGACUUUGUCUGCACGGAACGACUCAGGGAUCAGUGCCUACAGGCUGGUGGAGCUGCCCUCCAUGUCCACUCAGGUGGCGACAGUGCAUGAGACCCCACACCCUUUCCCCACAGUGGAUGUUCCAGACCACGCCCACUACAUCAUCGGCACCAUCAUCCUCGCUGUGGGCAUCACAGGCAUGCUGGGAAACUUCCUGGUCAUCUACGCCUUUAGCCGGUGUAAAAGUCUGCGAACCCCAGCAAACAUGUUCAUUAUAAACCUGGCGAUCACAGACUUCCUCAUGUCAGUCACCCAAGCACCUAUCUUCUUCACGACCAGCCUGCACAAGAGAUGGAUAUUCGGAGAGAAAGGCUGUGAGCUGUAUGCGUUCUGUGGUGCUCUGUUUGGUAUCUGCUCCAUGAUCACUCUGAUGGUGAUUGCGAUUGACCGGUACUUCGUGAUCACGCGGCCGCUGGCCUCCAUCGGGGUGAUGUCACGGAAGCGCGCCCUCGUCAUCCUCUUGGGGGCGUGGCUCUACUCCCUAGGCUGGAGCUUGCCGCCGUUUUUCGGAUGGAGUGCUUACAUCCCGGAGGGUUUGCUGACCUCAUGCACCUGGGACUACUUGACCUUCACCCCGUCGGUGCGUGCCUACACCAUGCUGCUCUUCAUCUUCGUCUUCUUCAUCCCCCUCCUCAUCGUCAUGUACUGCUACUUCUUCAUCUUUCGGGCCAUCCACUCCACAAACAAGGCGGUGCACAAGAUCAGCUCUGGUGACAAUAAGGAGUCUAUGAAGCAGUACCAGCGCAUAAAGAAUGAGUGGAAGAUGGCGAAGAUCGCUCUCAUCGUCAUCCUCCUCUACGUCAUCUCCUGGUCUCCCUACUCUGCCGUGGCACUGACCGCUUUCGCCGGAUACUCUGAUAUGCUGACUCCCUAUAUGAACUCUGUGCCUGCAGUGAUCGCCAAAGCGUCUGCCAUCCACAACCCCAUCAUCUAUGCCAUCACCCACCCCAAAUACAGGACUGUCAUUGCUAAGUAUAUCCCGUUUCUGAGGGUGCUGCUCAGGGUGUCUCGCAAGGACAUGCGCUUCUCCAGCAGUUACCCCUUGACUCGCCGCUCCACCAUCACAAGCCAGUUCUCCAAUCUGAGCUCCGUCUACCAUAGUGAGCGCAGGACCCGCCUCUCCUCCGUCUCGGACAGCGAGUCUGGCUGGACGGACACAGAGACGGACUUGUCCAGUAUAAACUCGCGGCUGGCCAGUUGUCAGGUCUCCUGUGAGAUCAGUAAGGACAUGGCCAUCGUGCUGGUCAACAAGACAAAGCUGAAGAGCCACGACUCUGGAAUCUUCAAUAAGAACUCUGUUGACGCCGAUGACAUCUCGAUGGUGGAAGUCAGCCAAUCAGGACUUAGCUCCCCUCCCACUUCCUCGCCACUAGUCUAA